CUCGGAGCAACCCCGCCACGACCACAACGACCAUUGAAUAUCUAUCUGCGUCUGCAGCAGCAUAACUAAGAAUCCGUAAUCAUGGCGACCACAGUAGAUAAGAUUAAGGACAUUGAGGCCGAAAUGAGUAAAACGCAGCGCAAUAAAGCUACUAGUUUUCAUUUGGGACAACUGAAAGCGAAACUUGCGAAGUUAAAGCGAGAACUCUUGACUCCUACAACUAGUGGAGGUGGAGGAGGAGCAGGCUUCGAUGUUGCGAGAACUGGUGUGGCUAGUGUGGGUUUUAUUGGUUUUCCCUCUGUGGGAAAAAGUACGCUCAUGAGCAAACUUACUGGACAACACUCGGAGGCCGCAGCAUACGAAUUCACAACACUGACAACGGUGCCGGGCCAAGUUCAAUACAAUGGAGCUAAGAUUCAGAUGUUGGAUUUACCAGGUAUUAUCCAAGGUGCCAAGGACGGAAAGGGCAGAGGUCGACAAGUUAUUGCCGUGGCAAAAACCUGCCAUUUGAUUUUCAUCGUCCUAGAUGUCAACAAACCCCUCACGGACAAGGCUGUUAUCGAGAAUGAACUCGAAGGCUUCGGCAUUCGAAUCAACAAACAGCCGCCGAAUAUAGUUUUCAGAAAGAAGGAUAAGGGAGGAAUUAGCAUCACCAAUACUGUCCCGCUCUCGCAUAUUGAUCACGAUGAGAUCAAAGCGGUUAUGGGCGAGUACAAGAUAUCAUCAGCAGACAUCGCAAUCCGAUGUGACGCCACAAUCGACGACCUCAUUGACGUUUUGGAGGCCAAGAGCCGAAGCUAUAUUCCAGUAAUAUAUGCACUGAACAAGAUUGAUGCUAUAUCAAUAGAGGAGCUAGAUUUGUUAUAUCGGAUUCCCAAUGCAUGCCCGAUCUCGUCAGAGCAUGGGUGGAAUAUCGAUGAGCUGAUGGAGCAAAUGUGGGAUAAGCUGAACCUUGUGAGGGUAUACACAAAGCCUAAAGGAAAAUUACCCGAUUACACGCAACCCGUCGUCCUACGUUCUACAAAGUCAACGGUUGAAGAUUUUUGUAAUGCCAUCCACAAAACCAUUGUCGAGCAAUUCCGGGUGGCCAUUGUAUAUGGCAAGUCCGUCAAACACCAACCGCAGCGUGUUGGAUUAAGUCACAUACUAAGUGACGAGGAUAUCAUCACCAUCAUCAAAAAGUGACAACAUCAGGCCAGGAUGAACUUUGAUAUUCUACCAA